AUGGCUUCCGCUCUCAUGACUGUACUGAAACCCUUCACUGCGUACAACACCAACCCCCCUUCUCUCUCUAACAAAAGACUUCUGGGUCUACGAAGAAAUUCUCUGAGAAUCAGUGCUAUUGCGAAGAAAUACGAACCCACCAAGGUUGUGCCACAAGCUGAUAGGGUUUUGAUUCGUCUAGAGGAACUACCUGAGAAAUCAGCUGGUGGAGUUUUGCUGCCCAAAUCAGCGGUGAAAUUUGAGCGUUACCUGAUGGGGGAGAUUCUUUCAGUUGGUGCUGAGGUUGGGGAAGUGGAAGCUGGGAAGAAGGUUCUUUUCUCGGACAUAAAUGCUUAUGAGGUGGAUUUGGGAACAGAUGGUCGUCACUGUUUUUGUAAAGCGGGUGACUUGCUGGCUGUGGUCGAGUAG